CCAGGAAGGACAUGAGGACCAGGCUCAGUCACGGCCGGUCCUGUUAGUGGUUCCAGGAAGGACAUGAGGACCAGGCUCAGUCACGGCCGGUCCUGUUAGUGGUUCCAGGAAGGACAUGAGGACCAGGCUCAGCAGUCACAGCCAGUCCUGUGGGGGUGUCCCCAGUAUGUAGUGGGUCUAGGAAGGACAUGAGGACCAGGCUCAGCAGUCACGGCCGGUCCUCUGGGGUGUCCCCAGUAUGUAGUGGUUCCAGGAAGGACAUGAGGACCAGGCUCAGCAGUCACAGCCAGUCCUGUGGGGUGUCCCCAGUAUGUAGUGGUUCUAGGAAGGACAUGAGGACCAGGCUCAGCAGUCACGGCUGGUCCUGUGGGGUGUCCCCAGUAUGUAGUGGUUCUAGGAAGGACAUGAGGACCAGGCUCAGCAGUCACAGCCAGUCCUCUGGGGUGUCCCCAGUAUGUAGUGGUUCCAGGAAGGACAUGAGGACCAGGCUCAGCAGUCACAGCCAGUCCUCUGGGGUGUCCCCAGUAUGUAGUGGUUCUAGGAAGGACAUGAGGACCAGGCUCAGCAGUCACGGCCAGUCCUCUGGGGUGUCCCCAGUAUGUAGUGGUUCUAGGAAGGACAUGGGGACCAGGCUCAGCAGUCACGGCCAGUCCUGUGGGGUGUCCCCAGUAUGUAGUGGUUCUAGGAAGGACAUGAGGACCAGGCUCACCAGUCACAGCCAGUCCUCAGGGGUGUCCCCAGUAGGUAGUGGUUCUAGGAAGGACAUGAGGACCAGGCUCAGCAGUCACGGCUGGUCCUGUGGGGUGUCCCCAGUAUGUAGUGGUUCUAGGAAGGACAUGAGGACCAGGCUCACCAGUCACAGCCAGUCCUCUGGGGUGUCCCCAGUAUGUAGUGGUUCUAGGAAGGACAUGAGGACCAGGCUCAGCAGUCACGGCUGGUCCUGUGGGGUGUCCCCAGUAUGUAGUGGUUCUAGGAAGGACAGUGUCCCCAAAGGUAUUGGUGCCAGGAAGAGGGGUUUUAAUCGAUUCAGAGAAACCCUUCUAAGGACCAUCUGCAGCCACACCGACCGCCAUGACGGGGGAGGGAGUAUUCAAGUCCUGAUGUCAUAGGGACACACCAGAAGCCGGGACCCCCACAACCUCUAGGGGAGAGGAGCGCGAGCUUAGCGUGUUCUCUCCAUGACGCAGGAAGCGAUGAACAGAAAGUCUACGAGCAGAGUCAGCAAUAAGGGGGGGGGGUUCAUCUCCUUGUUCUGGAGAUUGUGGGUCUCCGAACCUGGAACCCACCGAGCUAGACUUCUCAGGUGUCCCCAUGGACAAGGAUGGCACCCCCCAACUGUGUACACAGGGGCAUUAUAUAAUAGGGGGCACAGGCAGUACCACCCUCCGAAAUCACUUCUAAUGGUGUCCUGUGUGUUAUACCCCACAGCUCAGUAGUCACCGAUUAUAAUGUGGGGGCAGUACAUUAUAACGUACAGGGGCCCAUUAUAGCCCACAGC